AACCAAUAGAAAAAGACCCCAAAAAAUGACACCACCAACACAAAACACCACCGCCGCCGUCAGCGCCACCGCAGCUGCCACCGGAUUCCGGUGGAGCUCUCCGAUACCGUACCUGUUCGGAGGUCUGGCUCUCAUGCUAACCCUAAUAGCAUGUGCAUUGAUCAUCUUAGUAUGCUCGUACAAGAAACCAUAUUCUUCUUCUUCGUCGGAGAAUUCAUCGGAAAACACCACCGGUGAUCAAGAAAAGCAAUCCGUGCCGGAGUUUCGUAUGGAAUUGUCGCCGGAAAUGGAGCCGAAGAUCGUUAUAGUGAUGCCCGGAGACAUCAACCCCACCUACCUUGCUAAGCCUACUCCACCCACCGCCACCCGCGCCGGCGCCGAUCAUCUUCAGCAAGUUUGAUCGGCUAUAUUUAGCUUUUUUUCUAGAAAAUUCCAUUUAUUUUUCUUUCUCUUUCCUCCUUAAAAUUUUGUUCCGGUUAACCGGCCGGGAGAGUGUCGUUUUGGUAGAUUAACGUCAUCAAAAUAUAAAGAUGUCUCUUUACUUUAAUUUAUGUUUCCCACUCCAUUUUGUUCUUAAUAAUUAAGACACAGUUUAUUAAAUGCU